ACUAUUCCGUAGGCAUUGCAUUAGCCAGCUGAAGAACAACGACUGCACACCUAAUAACAACAACUAAACUUGAAAAAUUCGCAUUUUGUAUUUUCCGAAAUUACUUCUUAGAGUUUACCGGCGUCCACAACAAACUCCGUGGUUGAUGAUCUUCUCGUUUCCACGAUGCUGAUGAUGUUGCUGACACCACGGUUACUGGUUACUGUGUCCGUGCUGUUGGCGGUUACCGACGGAGGGCGCGGACCGACGCAUCCAGUGGGUAACUCGUUGACUCAAGAUGGUGACUCUCAAAAACAACAUGAAGGUAAAUUAUUUGAUGAUUUAAAAGUAUCAUUAUUUUUAUUUCAAAAAAAACUUGAGGAAUACUUUAAAGAAUACAUUCCGGGACUGGACGUACCGCAGAACUCGUCGGAGCUAGUAAUAAGUGUGCUUGGACAAGAUCGCGGACGAUUAAUUCCAUCAGCUCCAGCUGAACGGAAUGGUAACUCAUUGACUCAAGCUGGGAACUCCGUAUCAUUAUCUCAAAAACAACAUAAGGGAAAUUAUUCAAUGUUCCUGGAAGAUAUCAACGUUACCCACCAGAAGAUGUAUUUUGAUAACUCCAGGUAUGAUGAUGAUAACAAAGCAUUAUUAGCUCUUCAACAAUCCGAGCCCCAUUCACAAAAGUUAUUGUUCGAUCGGAUGUUAUUCAAAAUCAUUGACUCCCUUAGGACAUUGACCAAUGAAACAAUCGCUGUCCAGGAAUUGCUUAAAGGAGACAUUCCACGAGAGGACGAAUCGCAGAACUCGUCGGAGCUGAUUCAGAACUGCACUCACCACAUUGAACAGAUACAAAAUAGGAUGCUGACGUUUAAGGACCAGCAAAAAAAUGUAUUAGAGCCGAUAGUUGAAUUUGAACAGGCAUAUAAGAUUUUAAAAGAGUCUUGGAAAACCAAACUUGAGAAAAUUCUUUCAAGGACUUAUUAUGAAGAGGCUAGAAAAUUUCUGAAUAUGUUCAAAAAAGUACGGCCGCUCAGAGAUACUCGAGGUCCGCCGGAGAAUAUUAGGGAAAAAACUCGAACGGCAGACAAGAUUCAAUACUCGUCAAAGUCAGCCACCACGCUUAGACAAGCUCUAGCACAAUUAUACAUACAAGAUCACGUUAAGUUGGAGAUCACUCACCAAAUUGAUAAUUUUCAAAAACAGAUGCGCUUAUUUGAGGAUCAGCAAAUAAAAGCAUACGAUUCGAUAAUGGAACUUGAAUAUGAGUACAAGCUCUUAAAAGAAUCAUGGAAAGCCGAACUUAAGAGUGGAAAUAUUCCGAUUGAAACAGUGUAUCAUAAAUUGUAUAAUGAUAUACAACUUCUCCGGUCUACUGACCAUGAUCAGGAGAUUAUUAUGAAAGACACUCUGAAGCUGGAAGAACUUCAGGUCUCGUCGGAACUGGCCAUGCCACUUCAGAAACUUCGUAAACGCUUAAUAUUUCUAACAGACCCAUUUAAAUGGGAGCAUAGCAUCUGGCGAUUUCAAAGUAACGAGUCGCGUAAGUCUGACUAUUUAACUCUUGAUUUGAAGCAGAAUAAUUGGUUAAUCUUCAAACAGAUCGACCCGCAACUGAAAUGGUGGAGGCUGGUGGCUACCACCGUACCGGAAACUACGCUCGGAAAAGCCCAUGGACGAGUAGAACCAACAGAUUCAGGUUCUCCAAUGAUGCACAGCACCUGGACGUUUCUUGGUAAAUUUUCGUGGAAUGACACAAAUUGUGAUUUGCAGCAGUGUGGAUGGUUAGUAUUUAAUCAGACUGACCCGUUACUGAAAUGUUGGAGACUGGUGGUUUCCAGUCCUAUCAGAAUUGAAGGGCAGCAAAAUCCAUCGGAGCCGCACACCACGCUUGAAAAAUCCCACAGUUAUGAAGUACCAACAGUUCCAAUUGAGAUAGCUAGUGGACUACCUCAGAGCUUGGAGGAUGUAGCCAGAACCACCACGAUUAAGAUAGACCCUCUGUUGGUGGACGAGCUGCAGGACCCUAUGAAUCCGAUCAAACUAGGACAAGGCCACGGACUAUUAGUUCUAUCAAAACCUGUUGAGUAUGAGGAUAUGUUAACCGGGAAUGUUCCUGUCCAAACAUCACGUGGUACACAGUUUAAGCUUCAGACACCAAGAGCAACUAUGGAACAGGAAAAGGAACUGCAGGCCACCAAAAAUCACCGACAAUAGCGGUUACCAGUUUAAAAUUAAAAAAGAAAAUCUGAAAUCAAAAUAGUUCUAUCAGAUCCGUUGGACCAGUCCUUUUUACUAUUUCAAUUCAAACAUUUAAAAACAUAAAUGUAUAAUAAUACUAAUUGUAUUUACCUAUUGUUACUUUAAUGGAUAAUUUAUGAGGAAUUUUUAGUUUUUAUGUAGUUUAUUAUUCUACUUAUGUCAUAUUUAGCUUGAAUAAAGCACUGGCAUUAUUAUGA